AUGGUUCAAGAGAGAGGUCGCUCAAAUCCUCGUACGGUAGAUGGGCCCUCGGAGCGUACAGCAUUACUAGCUGCGCCCAGUGGCCACUACUCGCAUCAUGGAGCUACUCAACAAAGGGAGGACGGCGAUGGUGAUGAAAUCGACCCGAAUGAAUUUGACCUCAUUUUGUCCCGAUCAGAGUCGAUUACCACGGGCAUAGGGGUUGAAAUUGAAUCUCAGGAGACAGCAAUGCUAAGAGGUCCCCGGAAAUAUAGUUCAUCGAGAAAACACAAACCCAUCCUGGACCAGACUGGAAAUCCGGGGAAGACAUUGGGUGCGAGCGGAAACGAUAACGAAGCCAUCCUAGGACAGGGAGAAGAAAAUUCAGACACAGAGGCAGACUCCCCUUUUCUGGCAGGAGUUAGCGUAGCAAGGUUUUGGUUUAUCUUCAGUGGAGUUUUGACUACAUACUUCGUGUGUUGCUUCGACUCAACUAUUAUGGUUUCGUCUCAUCCAGUGAUCACAUCGUACUUCCACAGCUCGAACAGCGCCUCUUGGCUCUCUACGGCGUUCUUGUUAACAUCGACCUCUUUCCAGCCGUUGUUCGGAAGACUAAGUGACUCGCUCGGGAGAAAGAUCCCAUACCUGUUCACCAUGAUGGUCUUCGUUGGCGCGACUCUAUGGUGUGCACUGGCGCAAAGUAUGCUGAGUUUCAUUAUGGCUAGAGCGUUAUGCGGACUCGGGGCUGGAGGUGUCAUGUCUCUUGGGUCAAUCAUCACGUCUGACCUCGUACCUAUCCAGAUACGAGGAACCUAUCAAUCAUACAUCAAUAUAGUGUUCGGGAUCGGAUCUGCUUUGGGCGCUGCACUUGGUGGAGCAAUUGCCGAUCAUCUUGGCUGGAGGUGGGAAUUUGGAAUCCAGCUUCCGGGACUACUCACGUGCCUAUCUAUUGCUAUUCUUUCGGUUCCUCACGAUCUUGGUCUGGCUAAAGGUGUGAAACGCAAGACUUUGUGGGAGGCGAUGAAAGUAUUCGACUUUAAGGGGUCGCUUCUUUUGACGACAACUAUCACAUCACUCAUACUUGGACUUAACCUUGGUGGCAAUGUGUACCUAUGGUCUCAUCCUAUUGUGAUCACUGCCCUCGUCUUCUUCCUAAUCGGCUUCCCGUUGUUCAUUUACGUCGAGUCCACAGUGGAGCUACCGAUCAUGCCACUCCGAUAUCUCUAUCACAACCCCCAUGCCGCAUUGAUCUUGAGCAAUAGUAUUGGCGCUGUCGUGGUAAACUCCGUCAUCUUCAACAUUCCUUUAUACUUUCAAGCUGUCCUCCUCGAGUCCGCAACUACCUCAGGUCUACGUCUGAUUGUUUCCACAAUUGCCGCUUCAAUAGUGGGAACGGCAACAGGCUUUUACAUCACCUGGUCCAAGCAACUCAAAAUCCCUUUGGUACUUGGCGUGGUGUUUUUGCUUGGCGGAACCAUCCUCUAUAUCUUUAUGGAUAGACACAUGCCAAAUUGGGCGUUUAUACUCUUUCUCAUCCCUUCAAACAUUGGCCAAGGGUUCAUGUAUCCAGCAACUUUCAUCGCCAUCCUCGCUGUCUCGGAACAGGCCGAACAAGCAGUCGUAACCAGCACACUUGUUUUGUGGCGGUCCAUGGGUUUGGUGCUCGGGGUCGCAAUCAGCAGUCUCGUGCUACAAAAUUCGUUAUAUUAUUAUCUUGAAUUACUCAUAACCGGGCCGGAUAGAGAGCAUGUCAUACAAGCGGUUCGGAAAAGUGUUACAGCGAUAUCAAAACUAGAUCCGAUGUACAAGGAACAGGCUAUUAAUUCCUACGCUGCUGCAUUAAGAUCUACUUUUGCUAUGGCCGCCUUCAUUGCGGUUGUUCCGUUUGUACUUACAGUCAUGGUUAAAGUUCCUAAACUGGGUCAAAGGAAGUAG